AAUCUCUUGGAAAAGAUGAUACUGGAAACUCUGAAUCCAAUGCACUACAACAUCACCAGCCUAGUACCGGAUACGGUGCCAGCGGCCACAGUGCCUCUACUCAUUCUCGUGUGCUUUCUGUUUCUAAUGUGGAGUCAUGAAGAAACUUCAUCAAUACCAGGGCCAGGAUACUGCAUGGGAAUCGGUCCCCUCCUCUCACACGGGAGAUUUCUCUGGAUGGGAGUAGGUAAUGCCUGCAACUACUACAAUAAGACAUACGGAGAAUUUGUGCGAGUUUGGAUCAGCGGUGAAGAAACAUUUAUAAUUAGCAAACCCUCAAGCGUGUUCCACGUAAUGAAACACUGGCAUUAUGUUUCUCGAUUCGGGAGCAAGCUUGGAUUACAGUGCAUUGGCAUGUACGAAAAUGGAAUCAUCUUUAAUAACAACCCAGCACACUGGAAAGAAAUUCGACCCUUUUUCACCAAAGCGCUGUCUGGUCCCGGUCUCGUGCGUAUGAUAGCGAUUUGUGUUGAAUCAACAAUUGAUCACCUGGACAAACUAGAGGAAGUGACCACUGAAGUGGGAAACAUCAAUGUGUUGAAUCUGAUGAGACGGAUCAUGCUUGACACAUCUAACAAGCUUUUUCUCGGGAUCCCUUUGGAUGAACAUGCCAUUGUACUUAAGAUUCAAAAUUACUUUGACGCUUGGCAAGCACUUUUAUUAAAGCCUGACAUCUUUUUUAAGAUUUCUUGGCUGUGCAAGAAAUACGAGGAGGCGGCCAAAGACCUGAAAGGAGCCAUGGAAAUCCUAAUAGAACAGAAAAGACAAAAGCUUUCCACUGUUGAAAAAUUGGACGAGCACAUGGAUUUCGCAUCCCAAUUGAUUUUUGCACAGAACAGAGGGGACCUGACUGCUGAGAACGUGAACCAGUGUGUGUUGGAGAUGAUGAUUGCCGCUCCUGAUACUCUGUCUGUGACUCUCUUCUUUAUGCUAAUACUGAUUGCAGAGCACCCCACAGUGGAAGAGGACAUGAUGAGAGAAAUUGAAACUGUUAUGGGUGACAGAGACAUACAGAGUGAUGACAUGCCAAACUUAAAAAUUGUGGAGAAUUUUAUUUAUGAGAGCAUGAGAUACCAGCCAGUUGUGGACCUGAUCAUGCGAAAAGCUUUACAAGAUGAUGUAAUCGAUGGCUAUCCUGUGAAAAAGGGGACAAACAUUAUUCUCAAUAUUGGACGUAUGCAUAAGCUUGAAUUCUUCCCAAAGCCUAAUGAGUUCUCUCUUGAAAAUUUUGAGAAAAAUGUUCCUUCACGCUAUUUCCAACCAUUUGGAUUUGGCCCUCGGGGCUGUGUAGGAAAGUUUAUUGCCAUGGUAAUGAUGAAAGCAAUUCUGGUGACUCUUCUGAGACGGUGCAGAGUACAGACAAUGAAAGGAAGAGGCCUUAACAACAUCCAGAAAAACAAUGAUUUAUCCAUGCACCCGAUAGAAAGGCAGCCUCUGCUGGAGAUGGUUUUCACACCAAGAAGAAACACAGUCAAGAAUCAGGGUGACUAA